CCAAUUUCGGCUGUUGGGAUCCUAUAAAACAGCGAUUUCAGUGUUUUAGUAUCGGAUGCAACUAAAACUCUGCUUGUCUUUCUCUCUCUUUAUUACUGGAGAUUUUUUCCCGGUACGUUUCCUCUUUUCUUCCCAUCUCCUUCUUCCUCUCGGUCUGAGUUUCCACUUAUCAUUAGCUUCCAGUACAGGAAAAAAACAACAACUGAAGUUUAUACAAUUAGGAAGAAUCUAAGAUUUUAUUCUUUUUCCUAUUUUGCUGAUUUCUUCCUAUUUUGCAAAUCAAUUGAUACUCCUCUUUUAGGCCGUCUCACAUUCUCUGAUUUUGACAGAGACCGUAGUGUCUCCCUUUUAAGUCUGGAAAUUGAGUCCCCUUUGUUUAAAGGGAGUCAGAGUUUAAUAGUGAGUGAACUCCCUUUUCAAAUAAUUUCUGUACUAGUCUUCCUCUUCCCGGCUCUUCACCUUCUUUCUCUCUCUUCUUCCGCAUCUUCUAUGCCAAUAAAGAAUCCGAGAAGUUGUUGAACAAAACAUAUCACAAUCAUAGAAAUGAUGGAACAAAGUAUCCUAUGUCCUAUGAAGUACACUGAACACAAACAAGUCACGAAAAAAUUUACAAAACCAUCCUUAAAGCCCAGAAAGGAUGACAGGAAUCGGUUAGAGCACAAUCCGCCGCGGGUUGUACGGAUAUCAGUGACGGACCCCGACGCCACCGACUCCUCCAGCGAUGAAGAAGGCGAGUUGUUUGGCCGCCAGAGAGUUAAACGCUAUGUGAAUGAAAUUAGCAUCGAAGAAGGCUGCAAAGAAAUCAUUCCUAUAGCCAAUGGAAGAAAAAGAGCAGGUACUGAAUUACCGGCGGCUCACCGGCGGCUCAAACUGAAUACAGCUAAUUCUAAUAAUGGCAGGAAGUACCGCGGUGUAAGACAACGGCCAUGGGGAAAAUGGGCCGCCGAGAUUAGAGAUCCUGGGAGACGUGUACGUUUAUGGUUAGGUACUUAUGACACAGCUGAAGAAGCUGCCAUGGUAUAUGACAAUGCUGCAAUCAAACUUCGAGGGCCGGAUGCUUUAACAAACUUCAUGACACCUCCGAGAAGAGAAGAAGCAGCAGAAGCGGAAACAGAACAAGUAGAGGAAAAGACUGAAACAAAUGCUACUUCAACCUCUGGGUACGAAUCUGGUGGUGAAUCUCACAAUCUGGCAUCUCCUACCUCAGUUCUGAACUUCAGAACUCACCUGAGUGAAGAAUCAUCGGAACCACCGCAAAAGCGGGUCACAGAAACAAAAUUAGAAAUUAAAACGGAAGAAGUAGUACAAGAGUGCGAAGGCGAAACCAUUUUAUCCGAUGAAUCAACAGAAUAUUUAUUGCCGUUGGACUUGCCGUUUUUGGAGGAACCAUUUUUAGAUGAUUUCUUCAAUUUUUCGAGUACAGGACCUUCACUCUUCGAUGAUGAUACAAUAACGAAGACAACAAGCAAUAUCGUUUUACAAGAGACUAUAUCAAGUCAUGAAGAUUUCAGUGACAUAUUCGCGGAUAUGCCUCAAGACUUUGGAUCAUUCAAUCACCAAGAGGAUGACUUUUUCCAAGAUAUCGGAGAUUUGUUUUUCUCAGAACCGCUUGUAGCACUAUGAGAGAGGGUUUCAUGUCUGGUACUGACCGGCUGCCACCGUUUUGCUUGCCUAUUUGACGGCAAAUUUUGUCACCGGUGACAAUACAAUCCGGCUUUUUUUUUUUUUUAUCAGUUUUGUUACUAUUUAUAUAAUAUAUUUUUAUAUUUUAUUUGUUUGUUAAAGUAUCUCCGUUUAAAAGAAUGGACGGAGAAUCGAGUGGAGUUUUGCUGAGAUUUUGUACUUUAUUAUAUUUAAAAAAAAAUAAUAAUAAUAAUACUUAGACACUCUACUUACUAA